UGCAUAUCCGCAGCAGCCACACCGAGCCACACACACACGGGCCACAUGCACACGCCCGGCCCCGCGCCCGCGCCCCACCGGCCGCCGUCGCGCCCCAUAUACCGGCAUAGCGCAGCAUCGGCCCGAACGAAACGAUAAUAUCCGAGUAUGAACUAUGAUUCAUAGCUGUUGACCAUCGCAUCAUCGUGUACAAGCAGUGGAAUUUUGCAACAAUCCUUGCAUUAUUUGGACAGUGUCACCGACCAGUCCAGGCUAUCUAUUAUAUUGAAACAGACGGCAGCUAGCAGGAGGGAAUAGGCAAGAUGCUGGAUCUCUAUGAGAUUCUAAGGGAGCCUGCAGUGUAUGGCACGCUGGGCGUGGUGGUGGUUGCUGCACUUCUUGAUCUCUUGCGUAGGAGAAAAGAGAGAUUCCUGAUGGCUUCGCCGGUUGAUCUCAAGCACCAGUCCAUUGAGUUGCCUGGAGAAGAAAGGGUUCAUGUCUCGGCCCUUACUCCAGAUAGGAAAUUCAUAACAUAUAUGCAUGAAAAUGCUAGAACAGUCUACCAGGCAUUCAUGAGGGGCAAAGCAUUGGAUGGUGCAGCAGAUUCUAUGGGAUCAUGUACAGACAAAGGCUCUGUUGACUGGAUAAGCUUUAAUGAGGUAUACGAAUCAGCAAAGGAAAUUGGAUCUGGGUUAAUCCACCUUGGACUCAAGCCAAAGUCAGAGGCCCUGGUAGGGAUCUAUGCACAGAACAGACUUGAGUGGGGACUAUUUGAGAUAGGAUGCGUUACAUAUUCUAUUGUCAACGUUCCACUCUACGACACACUAGGACCUGAUGUCUGCUCUUACAUCAUAAACCAAGGUGAUAUUUCCAUCGUUGUAUGUGACACUUCAAAGAGAAUCUCAGCCGUUUUGGAGAAGGCAUCAUCGAGCCCUUCCUUGAAGAUCAUCAUUGGGAUGCUGCCCAAAGAAAUUACACCUGAAGUCAAACAGCAAGCCCAGGAUGCCAACGUACAGAUCAUCACACUUCAAGAGCUGAAGGAACUUGGAAAGAAACAUAUGCAGGAUCCAUCACCUCCAGAAAAAGAUGAUCUAUUUACAGUCUGCUACACAAGCGGAACAACUGGCAAUCCUAAAGGUGCAAUGUUAACACAUGCAAACAUAAUAGCUGCAGGAGCGGGAUUGCAAAAAGCUUGCUAUCCUGCGCUAGAAUUCCGUCCAGGUCAGUGCCACAUUUCUUACCUCCCGUUAGCUCACAUGUACGAGAGACUCAAUUGUCUGAUGACAUUCAUGCAUGGUGGGAAGAUAGCUUUCUACCGCGGUGAUGUGAAGGUGAUUAUUGAUGACGUCAAAAUGGCUAAACCAAGUGGUUUCUGUUCUGUACCAAGGCUUCUCAACAGAGUUCAUGAUAAGGUUAUGCAAGGGGUGAAUGGAAGUAAUUGGAUCAAGAGGACGAUAUUCAAUAUGGGUAUGAAGAGCAAGAUGGCCGACCUCGAGAAGGGAAUAUGCAGGAAUACCACCAUGUGGGACAAGUUAGCCUUCAAGAGAAUCCAGGGUGUUCUUGGUGGUAACCUUGAGGUAGUUUUCUCUGGUGCCGCACCCCUCUCACCAGAAGUCAUCUCAUUCUUAAGAUGCGUGCUUGGAGUUCCAGUAUUGGAGGGCUAUGGGCAGACAGAGUCGGCAGUCAUUAGUACAUUGACCUUGCCUGGAGACCAUGCAACUGGCCACGUUGGGCCACCCCUCGCUUGCUGUGAGAUCAAGCUGAUUGAUGUGCCUGAGAUGGAAUACUACGCCAAAGAAAACAAAGGAGAAGUCUGUUUCCGUGGAGCAAAUGUUUUUAGAGGUUACCUUAGCAACCCUGAGAAGACGAAAGAAGCUCUUGAUGAUGAGGGAUGGCUUCAUUCUGGUGACAUUGGCAUGUGGCUUCCUAAUGGAACACUGAAGAUCAUCGACAGAAGGAAAAAUAUAUUCAAGCUUUCACAGGGUGAGUACUUAGCACCAGAGAAGAUUGAGACUGUGUAUUCGUCCUGUGCUCUCCUUCAGCAAAUAUGGAUCUAUGGAGAUAGUUUGCAGGCCUAUGCCGUAGCUGUUGGAGCCGUGAACCCUGAGACCCUACCUGCUUGGGCCAGUAAGAUGGGCGUCAAAGGCUCCUUAGAAGAACUCUGCAAAAAUGAGAAAGUAAAGAAAGGCAUCUUGGAUGACCUUAUGAAGAUCGGAAAGGAGGCUGGACUCAAAGCAUUUGAACAAGCCAAGUACAUCCACUUAUAUCCAGGUACAUUUGAGAUUGAUAACGGCUUGAUGACCCCGACGCAGAAGCUCAAACGAGUUGCCCUUAGGAAGUUUUUCACCAAAGAACUGAAAGAGAUGUAUCCAGACACUAUGUAACCAGUCCCUGUAAACACCAUUUGAAACUCUGGCAGACUCUGUGAGAAACCCUGAUAGACAUUGUUCCAAUAUCUUACAGACACUGUGUCAAACCCUGACAGAUGCUGUGUGAUACCUCAUAGGCACUGUGUCACACAUGACAGACACUGUGUCAAACACUGACAGAUGAUUUGUCACAUCUGACAGACACUGUGUCAAACAAUGACAGACACUGUGUCAAACCCUGACAGACACUGUAAAAAACUGUUUUAUACUCUUGACAGAUGCUGCAUCAAUCCCUGAAAACAUAUUGUAUCAUGUUAACCUGGGGAGCGUUUCAUCAACAUUUUGUCCAACAUGUUGUCAGAUCUGACAUCUUUCCUUGAUUUUGAUUGGCUGAUAAGCAAUGUUACUAUGGUAACUGUCGGAUAAAAUAGGACUUGUCGGAUAAAACGUCUGACAAGUCCUUUCAUGAAACGCUCCCCUGAUCAUACACAGAUUGAAGGCCAAGAAGCACCACUCUGGGAGAUGCCUUGUUUAAUGACAUCUGUUUGUAAUGUAGCAAAAAAUAUUUCUAUGCAACAAAAAAAAAUGAAAAUCAGGAUUUCUUUCAGAUGAAGUGUGUAUUGGUCUUCCUUUUGAAAUUGUCUGCUUGUACACAGCUUUUAAAAUGUAACGCAGUAUGUCCUUUCAUGAAAUAGUUACCUACAAAGUACAAACAUGUUUCCUUUGACACAGAGGGGUAUCAACAGAGUGGAAAUAUAAAUUAUGUUUGAUAAAGAUCAAGCAUAUAGAGGAAAUUCAGUCACUUUAUUGUAAAAAGGCUUUCAUUGAAGAUAACAGCCCUAGGCUGAAUUUGAUUGAAUAUAAUUUAACAUUUGAUAUACGGUUCUUUAUAGUUGAGAUGAAUUUUGAUAUAGAUAAUAUUACAUGCAACUUUCUUGUUUUGUUGAAUGUUUUUGCACCCGUUUGAGGAAUAUUCUGUUCAGGUCUAGUCUUUUCCAGUAUACCUGUCCAAGUGACGAUUGUUAUAGUACUUUAUCAUGAUUGCCUUAUAUAAUGAAUACUGCUGAAAAGAACAUAAACAUGUUUUGAAAUACCUAUAAUCAUAUUUAUGCAUUAUUUCAUUGUGAUAGAAAAUGAUUUUAUUAUAUUUAUAUUUUAUAAAGUGUAGAUAGUUUGAAAUAGAAGUACAAAUAAUUUGAAUUUGGUAUCUUUCUAAACAUAUGUAAUGUACAAAUAUCUGACACAAAUUGCUUUUGAUUACAAACCUACAAUAUGAGCUCCUUUGCUGAUUCUAUAUGAUUCAAGGUGUUUAAUGAUUGCAUGAUGGGAAAAUGAUUUCUCUUCAAAUACUGAGAAUGAGUAUUGCAUGAUUUAUAAAUUGUGGUGUUAGAGUAGAUCUUGGUUUUGAUGGUAUUGCUAGCAUAAACGGAAGUAUUUGUUGAGGCAUUGUGGUGUAGCAGUUCUGACUUCCAUCUUGUAAUCAGAGGGUCGUGUGUGCAAAUCCCACCGCGGCCCUGUGUACUUUGGCAAGGCGUCAAUCCAAACUCUGCCACUCUCCAUCCAGGCGCUACAUGGGCACCUGGUAGGAUGCGCAACCCUAUUUGAUAUGCGUAGCGAUUGAGGUUUGACACAUAUUUGUUGGAAUGCUCCCCAGGGAGUGGAAUAAUUGCAUACAUGUGUGCAGAAUACCUUUACUAUUAUAUCAUGUAGGUGUUGAGGUGUUGAGGUGUUUUAGAGCACUCAGAGCGUGCUGCUGAAUGGAGUUUCAACACUACAUGGUUUAGGGCUACGUGACAAAGCUUGACAAUUGAUCAAAGGGUUGAAUUGUACAAGUGAUUGCAUGGAUUAUUGUGUGUUGUCAAUCAUGAAAAUCAACCUUGUGAUCAAUCACUAAGCUUUAUGUCAUGAGGGCCAGGGCCCCCUUUUACAAAGAGUUGCGAUUGAUCCGAUCAAUCACAACUAUGGACGGCCAGCAAUUUCAUCAUCCAAAAUGUAUGUUUGUUCAAAAUAUUUUCUAGAUAUAAUAUAUAUGCAUAAAUUCAUCAUUCUCUUGAAAAUUCAGUGUGAUUCUAUUUGUUUACUAAGGAGAUUGUGCAAACUUCCUGUAGAAAAAAAUUAUGAUAUGGAUGGAUUUCCAUAGAGUUGAGAUUGAUUGGAUCAAUCGUAACUCUUUGUAAGAUGGGGGCCCAGGGCUUCUUUUUUCUCAUUAGGAAAAUCGGUGGUGAAAUCCUUGGUUUUUAUUGUCCGGGAACAGUGAGAAGCAUUGUUGCUAUGGAAAAUUUAAUUGAAUGAAAACCCUCAAGAGAAAGGAAGACGUCAGUUAAAAUGGUCUCUAGUACAUGUUUUCUACCACACUUAUUUUAAAAAAUAGAAUGAAAAAAUAGAAUUUAAUGAAAACCCUCAAGAGAAAAGAGGACAUCAAUUAAAAUGGUCUCUAGUACCUGUUUUCUAACACCCUUAUUUUUAGAAAUAGAAUGAUUAGCGUCUACUGACAGUGUGCGCGCUCUACAAAUAUACACUAUUAUUAUUAUUACCAAUAUUGAUUGUGCCUUUACAUAACGUCAAACUGAACAUGUAUUCUAAAGAUGCACAGGCUUCCCUUCUUUAUGGAAAUUUUUGUAUAAUGUCGGCAAGUAUAAAAUAUUGAAUCCACAGACCUGCCAACCAGUACGUUUUAGCCGUAUUUAGUACGUUUUUUUUUUUUUACAAAAAUCAUAAUUUAUUGAGAAAAAUCAUCUCUAUAUGUCUCUAUUUCAUAUAACAUACACAAAUAUGGUUAUUAGAUCAAUGUAAUUUCAGGUAACUUUUUUUUUUUUCAAUCAUUUUGUAAAAACCAGGGUGAGAUAUACACAAGUUUCAAUGUGUUUUUUUUUCAUCUGCAAGAGCAGUGCGCAUUUCAGCUUGCAUGCAGCUUGAGCACCGUGAUGGGCGAGUGCGCCAAGCAUUUGAUUAUGAAAUACACUUUUUUGGGAAAAAUACAAAAUAUUUAUCUCACACGGUAAAAAUACUGAUUUUUUUGUCAAAAUACUGAUUUUGGGGGAUAAGAAUACUGAAAAUGCAAAAUACAACUUGGCAGCUCUGGAUCCAAUACAUUUGUUGUUGUGCAUGUGUCAACGAAAUAUUAGAUUUAGUGGUUGGUAUGAAUUGCUGUGUUUAAGCCCAACUAUAAUACUGGGUUACUCCUCAUAAAUGAAUAAGAACAGCUUCAGAGCUCCAUUUCAUAGGAAAGUUACUAUGAUGCAAGUCUUUCCAGAAUGUCAACUAUCAUGAGAACAGUGAAAAUUCAGCUUUUUGAUUGGCUCUAAAAGAUCAUAUUCCAGCAAGGGUUGCUAUUAAAGCAACAUCUUAUUCAACAGGGCACAGGUUUUUAUUUAGUCGGUUAUUAAUCAAUAUUCAUUUUUCUACCGAUACCAUAAAUGGGCUAUACAUUGCAAAAUUUACUUGUUUUGAAAUUUUGGAAUUUUCAAAAAAAAAAAAAAGUGCAGUCAAUUGUGUAGGUCCAUGUCAUAAAAAUGGUAGAGGUUGUAUUAAUAUUGUAUCACUAUUACAGUUAUGUGGUGUCAAAUCACAAGAUCAACAUAAGGACGUACAAUAUUUUGAUAUAAUCUUUUGCCACUAGUUAUAUUUGCUGAAAAUGAAAUGAUUACCAUCUUUUGUGUGCAAUAAGAAAAUGAAUAAUUCAGGUAUAUUUAGAGUGAUCAUGCCAGCUUUAAUAAUUUCAGGCAUUAUAAAAGAAACAUUGUAUUGAUAUUUACCUCUUGUCAGGUGGUUGCAUUCUUUAUGAAUCAUUUAGACUCAAGCGAUGUUCUACAAUGUUAAUGUCAGUUUUAUUGUGAUUUAUUUAAAGUGAAUACCUGUAUGUAUUUAUUAUCAUGGAAUUUAAUUUUGAUGUUGAAGAAAAUAGUUAAAUCCAUAUUUUCUUGAAUGUACAUGUAGUAGGGCAUAUUGAAUGUUGUUUAUUUACUCUUAAAAUAGACAUUAAUAAUAACAUUAUAGUAAGCUCUAACAGGAUUUUUUAAAGGCUCUGUAUAGAUGUUAUUAUUAUUUAAUUAAGAAUGAAAUAUGCAGGAAAUGUUUCCUAAACAUUCCAUUGAGUGUUUUUUUUUUUACUUUGCAAAGUCUGUAUAUUUGACCUAUUUUCCUCACCAUCUAGGUCACAUUAAAAGGAAUUUGAUUUCCUUGAUGUGAAGAAGUCCGUCCUACUUUUUCAUCUUAAUGGUAUGAUCAUGUGACAUAAUGAGAUGAUCAUGUGACCUAAGAGAAUCAUGUGACUUAAUGAGAUGAUCAUGUUACUUCAUGUGAUGGUCAUGUAUUUUUAAGUAAAUGACCAUUAGUGUAAAAUAAGCCCAAGUUGAAUUUAUCACCAUACAUGUAAUAGAGGUUUUUCUUUUAGAUGACCAAAGAUAUUCUUUCUAUAGGCCUUCAAGUAAACUCUACACACUGACAUUUCCUAUUGUACCUGCUUUGUUGGUUUUUACCAUAAAUUCUGGAUGCAAGCUUAUGUUGUUAUAUAUUUCAAGACAGUGAAACAGAAUUUUAGUUUACAGUAUCUAAAGGCAGCGAGUAUGAAUAUUGGUGAAAUCCUCAACUUUAAUGUGAUAAAACUUGCCUUUUUCACUUUGUGAUCGCUGCGCUCUUUCCAAUUUCUAUUCUUCUUUACCAGUACGGAGAAUAAUUUCCUGUGAUUAAAUCAUUGAAAAUGUCUCAAAA